UUGGUGUGUUAAUUAAAUAGAAUAGCUGUACACAGGGAACCUCGCCCAUAGGACAAAAAUACCAUACGAAACUUGUGUAUUGGUUUUGUUUUCGUCUGCAUUACUGUCAGGAUAAUAUUUUUUAGUAUAUUGAAGGAGAAUACGAAAACAGUUAUUUUCAGUAACUAGGCUGGCCUGGUGAUGCCAGGUGUAACCCCACAAGGGAUGGAUUAUCACCACAACUAUGGAGGAAUGAAUGGGCAUGGAUCAGGAGGUUAUGGCUAUGGACCAAGUACAUACAACAGUGCUCCACCCUUAUCGACUUAUCGUGAAUCUGAGUUCGGUUUAUCUGAAAGGAAUGGCUACGGAGGACCUGAAAUAGAUCAACACAGUAUGGAUAGAUUUGACAACACAAGGGAUAUGGAACCCACCUUCGAGCUAGAUCAUUUAGCUACAUAUUCAUCAAAAUCAGGUGUGAUGAAACCUGAGGAUGGAUUACGCAAGUUACGUGGAAUGGAAAGUACAACCGGCAUCUGGACAAUGAGAUGUGUCAUGAUCAUAGAACGCAAGAAUUUAAUCGUAAUCGACAAAGGAAAUGGGGAGGAAUUGGAAAGAUUCCCAUUAGAACUUGUACAUGAACCAACAGCAAUAUUUAAAGAAGACAAAAGAGAAGUGUACACAAACUUAAUACUGUUUACAAUGUUAGAAAAUCCAGGGAAAUAUAACAGUAGAUGUGAUAUGCACAUAUUCCAAAGUAUAAAUGCUCCGGCACAAGAUAUUGUAGAUGAACUCCUAGCAGCUAAAGAAGGUCGUCCUAAAUUAUUUUCAAGCAGUAUACCUCCACCUCCAAUGGGACCAGCACCAGACCCACCAGAACAAAGUUCACGAUACCAAUUCAAAACAACAACAUUACGUGACGAAGGUAUGAAAUCAAAUAGUAAUGGAUUACGUUUACAAAAUGAAGGAUUCCGAGUAAUUCCUAGUUCUGAAGGAUUUAGACCUCCAAGUGAAGGUUAUAGAACCCAGAGUGAACCUUUUAGAUCACAGAAUGAGGGUCCUAGAGGAGACAUGUAUUCCCUCCCUAUGCGUGACAAAGACUCUGUCAACAGCAGGGGAGGUAACUAUGGUCAAUCACAGUACAGAGCAUCAUAUACUGAACCUCCUGGUGGACAAAAUGAAAGUUUAGAAAGGGAUGUGCAAAUUUUAAACUCUUGUUUUGAUGACAUAGAAAAAUUUGUUGCCAGACUUCAACAAGCUGCUGAGGCAUACAAAGAAUUAGAAAAUCGUAAACGUGAACGACAGUCACAUAAAAAGAAAAACGACAGAGCACCACCACCUAGAGAUGGCAUGUUAAACAUGAGGGCUAGACCCCCACCUGGGGAUGAUUUCAUAGAUAUCUUCCAAAAAAUCAAAUGUGCUUUUAAUUUACUGUCAAAAUUAAAGGCACAUAUUCAUGAUCCCAACGCACCUGAACUGGUACACUUUAUCUUCACACCUCUUAGUCUGAUAUAUGAAGCUAGCAGGGACCCAGUACAUGUUGGUGUAGAUCUUGCCUCCAAAGCAGUAUCACCAUUGUUGACAAGGGAAGCCAAAGAGCUGUUAUUGAACUGUUUGACCUCUAAAGAGUUAGAGCUAUGGCAGCUGUUAGGCAGAAAUUGGACCACAUCAGAAGAUGAGAUGCAAAGCACUCAACGCAAUCUAUUCAAACCUACAAUUGACAAAAGUCAGUUGGAACAGUCCCUAGCCAAUCAUAAACAUCAGAUAGAAGAAAACACACGAGCUGAAGAAGCUAGAUUUCAGUCCCAGCAGAUGAUCAGGCAGUUACCUCCACCAAGAGAAGAGCCCAGAGAUGAUUAUAGAGCUACAAAAGAUGAUUAUAGAGCUACUAGAGAUGAUUAUAGAGCUACAAAAGAUGAUUAUAGAUCUACAGCUUAUGGUAGAACACUGCAGGAAGAACCUUCAUACAGUCGAACUCGACGAGAGGAGGAGCCAAGCUACAAUACAGGACCUAUCGGAGCUUCUUCAAGGAUUGGCCAGUCAUUCAGACCAGAGGAAGAUGAUCAUUAUCGACGAGAACCAAUGUAUGACAGGAAACAUCCAUCUACCCCCCCUCCUGGUGCAGUCACUAACCCUAAUGUAGCAAAGUACCAAGAAUAUGUUGAAAAACAUAUAGAUAGAAAUCAAGAUGCACAUAGAUAUCCCGGUACUAAGUCUAGAGGACAAGAAAACCAGGAAUAUAAAGAAGAAUUAAGGAGGAAAAAUGCUAAAAUAUAUGAAGCUGUUCACGAAAGAACAGGUAGAAAUCAAAAGGAAAUAACAGUAGAAAAAGGAGAUAUAUUAGAGGUAUUAGACGAUAGCAGAAAUUGGUGGAGGUUACGAAACUACAAAGGUGACUCUGGAUAUGCCCCAUAUACAAUUCUACGAGAUGCUGGUGAUGAUCGUAACGAUAUUGAUCGGAAUGUGAGAGAUACUUUUAUGGAUAUGACCUAUUUGAAUGGUGGUAGAAGAGGAUCUAUUGGUGGAUAUAGUGGAAACAUUAACCAAUCAAAUCACAUCCCUGUUGCACCUCCACCGCCACGCAAAGAAGAAGAGGAGUUUGUACGUGAAAUAAAACCAUCCCGCCAUCAAAGAAAUGACAGUGAUGGCCGAAGUGAUGGGAGUGACCGUAAUCGGCAAGGCAGACGACAAGACAAAAGAUCAAGUUCUAGUGAUCCCUAUGGUAGCCGUGAUGACACGCCCGAUAGUAGUGAUGCGGAUAAUUUUUCAGGUAGUUAUGAUGGAAGCAUUGAGGACAAAGUUGAACGACGUCGAUCAAAUAAUAGAAAGAACGAGCGUCCGACAAGUUAUAAACCGGGAGUCAAAAAUAGGAACAGUAGUGAAUUAAAACGGGCAGGCGAAUCCAGAGGAUAUCAAAAUCGUAGUUUUGAAGAAGAACCAAAUCGCCACAGAACCAGAACUCCGCCACCACCACCAUCAUUUGUCCCGCCUCCACCACCAGCAAAUAGACCACCAUCGGCUGGCAAAAAGUAUCACCCAACUGGCCAAGCAAACAAACGACAACAAGACCAGUUACACAAUGAAUUGUCCCAGAGACUAGCAGGAAAGCCAGCCGUAAAGAGUAAACCUCAAAAUCAGAACGUGUAUCUGUCUACAAAAUCAUCAGCCAAAGAAGUCGUCGACUGGUUAUAUUCUAAAUCCUUUUCUCAGAAGUGUAUUGAUGUGUUAAGAGGAUAUAAUGGCCACGAUUUACUUAGAAUGAAGAUGAAGGAUCUGGAAAGGUUGAUAAGUCACGAUGAAGCACAAAGAUUGGAUGGUCAUCUCACACUUCAGAAAAAUAUGUCAGGAUAUAAAACACAGGGUCCAAAAGAACUGCAGGCAAUAUUACAGCAGAGGAAACAGAAGGCAGACACACACGAUGAUGAUGUUGGUCGACCACCUAGUUUUGCCCCAGAUUCACCUGACUAUUCUGAUGAUAAUUCUGAAGUCCAAGGAAUUACAGAUGAUUUAGACAAUAUGCUUAGCAAUUAUUAAAUGCCUCUGAAGAAGACUUUGGUAAUGCUGGUAAAACAUUACGAGCGCUUCUACAACAUCAGCGAAAGAAGAUUACCAGCUACAGAUAUGAACAAUAACAUUUUGAUAUCAUUGUUUAUAUAGGUUAAGGUAGAUCUUAACGGUGUCGAAAUUAAAAACGAUAGAAUAUUUCAUGUUUCAGCUAACAUAUAAUUUAUAUGAUGCUACUUUCAAAAAUGUAAUAAAAAUAUGGGUCACAGGACUUUUCCAAGCUACAGGUUGUGCAAAGUUGUAAGAUUCUGUAUAGAUUUUAUAUGAAAAACACUUUUGGGUAUACAGAACUUAAACUAAACUAUAGAAUAUUAAAAUAAAAUUUGAGAUGAGAUGAAAGCUCUUAUAAUGGACUUUCAGAAAACAAAUGGGGUCACUGUACUUGUUUUCUUACUACCAAACAAAAAAUGUAAAUUAAAUUACAUUUCUUUAAAGAAUUGAUAUCUAUAUGAAUGAGUUUGGCAUUUUUUUUUAACCAAACACAAAAUAUUCUGUAUUUGUAAAAAAUAGUUGUAAUUUUAGAAUGAAACGAAUCAUUUUCAACAUUCAUAUGAAAAGUCUGACGACUGAAUUGCAUGUCUGUCUUAAAUGUGCAUGUUUUAUGAAAGUCUUAAACGAUUGCUUUACAAUACAAAAUAGCAGAGCCCUGAUAUACUUUAACUAGAAAAUAAAUACAGAAUUAUAAAAAAGGCUCCUCUACUGUUACAUCUCUCUGUAGAUAUUGAGUAAGAUCGUCAUAUAAAAGUCAUGAAUUUCGAAUAUGUGAGAAAAAUAUAAAGUGUAAGUCAUGUUAUAUUUUUAUGAUUAUCCUCAAAGUUAGCACUUCUGGUGCUUAAAUUCAUGUUUCAGAUAUAUUAUAACAUAAUUUUAACAUAACAUAUUGGAGUUUUUCAUUUCCAUUCUUUUGUUAUAUUCAUUUUAAUUCUAUAAUAUAUAUUGUUAGAUAUCUUAUAAAUACCGUACACUUUAAUUUGUAUCUUCACUCUUUAAUCAGUAAAUAUCUUGUUUCAUUAAAUGCCUAUAUCAUUUUCCUUUGUUUAAAACAAAAAAGUAUUAUAUAUAUGAUACACAGCUGAUUGUGUAUACAUUUGCCCUGUUUUCCCUUUAGCAACCAUCUUUACUCUGCAGGCAGAGUUGAUUAUUGAUCAGGAUAACUUGAUAAGCAAAUCAACAAAGGAAAUAGAUCUUACCAAAAGAAUAUGUUCAUUUAUAAAGAGUGAUAAGGGAUUUACAAGUUAAAAUUGUGAAUGUUUUAUUUGGAAAAAUUAACAGCGUUUUACAAGAUACACAGCAUAAGCCAAAUCUUGCCAUUAUUUUGAAAAAUUAACAGCAUUGUAUAAAAUACACAGCAUAAGCCAAAUCUUGCCAUUUAUAAAAGUGCAAUUCCUUAAUUUAUUAUUCUUUGCUCUUAUAUUUUGUUAUUAUAUUUGAAAAUAUUGCAUUUUGAUUGGCUUGUAAAUAUUUGGUGAUAAAAAUAUUGAAAUAUACUUUUUAACAUCAGUUAAAUAGUUAUGAAUUUGUUCCGUUAUGUCAUGUUUUAUGCAUCACAAUGUUAAACCUGGCACUUUUGAAGAUAGGUUUAUGUUUUAGGUAAUUGUUCUUUGGAUAAUGUUUUUAUGCAAUCGUGUGUAGAGAUUUUGUGUCAUGAAACGUUACACAAUAUCCUUUCUUUUCCAUUAUAUAUAAGAAAUUUGACUUCUAUAAUUCUUUUAUCAAAGAUAUCCAUGUAUUUGGUUACUAUGCAAAAAAUGAAACAUCAUGUAUUAUCUCUAUGUUUUAAUUUGUAUAAUUGUAUUGAAGCAUUAUUGAUAUGUUUUCAAAAUGGCACCUGUACAUUUAUGUCAUUUACAUAUUUGUCUAUGAAUAUUUUAUAUUCUGAAAAAGAAGUUGUUUUGUUGAAAAAGAAUAACUGAGAUAUAUACAUCAUAAACCUGUACAUUUUAACAACUAUAUUUAUCAUUUUAUACAAAAUCACACAAGAAUGUUUUAGUGCAAAGGCUUAAUGGAAGUCCCACCGAAGUCAAAAUCAUAUAUUCGUUCUGUUUAGGUCUGUGAUAAACAGUUGUUUAAAUAUAAUUCGCAUAGUUUUUUUGUGUAACAAUAAAGUAAGCAGUGUAUUUAGACUAUCAAUAUGUAGCUACUCAAUUGGUUAGUGAGCUGGGGAUACAAUUAUAUCUUUGUAUACAGAUAACAUAUCCCAUUUUAAGAGUAUAUUUAUCUACUUAUAUAAAGCUUUGAUAGGUUGUGAUUUAUUGAGAAAAUCAAAAUAUAUUUACUUGCUGUUUGGUUUAGUUUUAUAUUAAGUUUUGAUAGCAUUAUAUCAGUUUGAUAAUUAUUCCGAGUGCAAUAAUUAGUGGAAGCCAAACAAUAUCAACCUUUGUGCCAUGAUUGUUACGUAAAAAGCAUUUAAUAAAAAUGUUAGUUUGUAUUA